AUGCAACUAGCGUUUCUGGACUUUGAAGCCGCGUUCGACUCUCCUCACCGAGGCCGUCUUCUCAACGCCCUUCGCGCCGAUGGAGUACCAGGAAAGUUCGUUCGCUUGUUUGAUAACAUGAAUCAACUAACAACUGCUGCAGUUCGAACACCAGCCGGAUGUACAACACCGUUUAAAGUGGUAACUGGAGUAAGACAAGGGGCGGUGGCAGGACCCUUCCUGUUCAAUUUCGCCAUCGACGACACUAUACGAAGAACAGUCGACCAGUGUCCUACCGACAUUGUCUUAGCACCAUCAGGGUGCCCCUUCACUGACCUCCGGUACGCCGACGAUGUUGUUAUAUUCGCGGAAAGCAGUACGAAACUUCAACAUGUUGUCAACCUUGUAUCGAAGCUGGCUGCAGCCUACGGACUUCACCUACGCCCUGAUAAUGCAAGCAGAUGUGGAUCUCUUCGAGACCUCGAACGGGAAUCAGGGUGGACGGACAACCGAUAG